AUGAGCAAUGAUCCAAAGACGUCUGACGCGGGGCGCGAAACGCCUCUUCCACAAUACGAGAAGACGCAAUCGGUGCCGUUCACUCUCAAUCUCCAAGAAGAUGCACGCAAUCCUGGCCAAUUUCAGCUCGUCUUCAACCUGGGCCCGAAACAACAACCGUCGAUCGGUAUGCCUCUGAGUUGUGCACCUAAUGUUGCCGCGUCUACGACUCUACGCGAUGGCUUCAAGUCUAGUGUCGAGAGCUCAGUUCCCCAAAAGACGAGUCCGCCAAGCACUCCUCUCCACGACAGGCAAGGCUGGGCCGAUCUGGACAAUGUGCCUCCUGAUUUUCUCAAAAAGGUAGUGCCGGACUGGAAUGUGUCCUUCUCGCGGAGCGACUCAACGGCUUCCACCCAAUCCAAACGACUUACCGACAUCAAGGCCAGGAUCAAGAAGAAAGGAAAGGGCUACGUGGUGCGCUUGUUGAAAGGCUCAACCGAUUCAAACGAGAUUGCCGAAGUUGAUUUGGGUCAAGCGAUUGGCUCAGAACGGGUAUUUGCGACUCCAGAGCUUGACUCGGCGGCUCUGCCUGCGGAGCUGUACUCUCCCCCUUCAGCUGUUGCGUCAAGUACCGACAGUCUUUUGGGUCGCGACGAUAUCUUCGAGAUCGGAACUUCCAACACAUCUGGCAUUGAACGGUCGUUGCCCUCUGCGAUCCGGCCAAGGAAUCAUCUGUCGCAUCAUAGUUUGGCCAGGACUUCGAUUGCAGAGGACGGAUUCAGUGAUGUUGAGACACUGAUACCAGACAUUCGCUCGAUACACGACCGUAUUGAUGAAGACCAGACUGAAGUAGAACCGUCAUCCCAGGCCCCAUCGCUGUUUCCCACUCGCUCGGCUUCGGUCUCCAGUAUCAUUAAAACGCCAACUCGCGGUCUGUCACUCGUUGGACCCGUCAGAAAGCGUGUCGAGAAGAGGACGCGUCCCCGAGUAAAGAGUCGUGGAUCAACCCUGGACCUCAAGCGAUCAGAUGCUCACAAAUCUGUCAAGCGUCGCGUAGGAGCGACAGCUUUUGCACCCGAUAAUCAAGUUGUGGAGGAUUUGGUGAACUCGACUACUUUGCGUCAGCGCAUCCGUCCCGUGUCUCGAAAAUUGACGGAAAUUAAUCUACUGGCAGAAGAGUAUGCCACCUGGUCACAAUCGAUGCGAGAUACAAGUGCGGCCAAACCGCGGCAUGUCCGUCAUGCAUCAGCGGACGAUCUGCACAUUCCUUCCAGACCCAAACAUGGCUUACGGUUGAACACCGACGUAUCUCAGACCAAGUCAGCUCAUGUGUCGCCAGCGACGCGCCGCAAGAGAUCACCUAGGAUACGAAAGAACGCAUCAUCCUCUUCUUCGUCAAUCGAUACCGAGGACGCCAAUGCACUGCUAUCACCCCAGUCGGCAGGAGCGAGUCGCGCAGAUGAGCUCCGUGAAGCGCUAAGAAGAGCUUUAGAUCAAGUUGAGUCAGGGAAUGAGGAUCUUGAUGAUAGAUUCGAAAAGCCUGUAGUGCCCACCAUUGUCGAAUCAUUCAUUGACGAUCAUGUUGGCGAGAUACCGCUACCUCCGGAAGCAGAAAUACGGAUGGCAUCUCCCGAGGGUCGAAACACAACAUUGAGGUACUGGGGUCUUGCCUUGAGUGCCUUUUCAGACAAAGCACAUGAAGGUUUCCGAUUGCUUCGUGAUACAUUCGGUACUGAACCGCCCGUGCCGCAGGGGCAUGUUCGUGUGCGAUGGACUUGCUAUAGCCCGUCGCGUACCGUCGCCAGCAACCCCUUUAGUGUCCGUAUGCCGUCCUUCGUCCAAGAAUCCUGGCUCCUGACUUGCGCAAAUGAGGGCCGCCUGACACCCAAGAUCGUUCAUCUCGACGUCAACGAAGGGCGCGUGAGAAGCGACAAAGAUCUAGCGCUCGCACUGCGAGAGCACUAUGACCAGCUCAAUCGACGGUGGUUCAACUGGGCUCGUCUUCGCGGGCUGACGACUAUCGAGUUUGUUCAAUUCGAAGUCCAUCGCAAUCGAUUCGCGGAUAUACGUGCGACGCCGUCAAUGCCGCCCAAGUCGGCUGCCUCUUCAGCAUCGACCAGCGAACCAGAGAAGUCUGCAGCGCCGUCUCAGCAUCCGUACACCUUCGAGCCCAACGACCUCCUGCCGCCUGUUGGUAGCACAUAUCUCCUCCAUUUGUUCAAGCACCCGCAAGACUAUGAGGGCGAGCUGAUUACGUAUCUUCGCAGUCCGAAGCGGAGGCAGCGAUUGGAGUUUGGUAUGGGCUGGGGCGUUCAUCUCGUGGAGGGGUUCCUUGCGCAGCGCGUGUGGGCAGUGACGAUGGGUGUCUGCGGCUUGGGUAGUGCGGUGUUCGCGAUUCUGUGGACGGUCAGGAAGGGCGACGUACAGGGUGCCUUUGGGGUUGCGCAGUGGGUGUUGGGUAUUGCAGUUUUGCUGGUUGGCGGUCUGCAGGCGUGGUUGGAGUAG